AUGAUCCUUCAGGCAUUGUCAUAUGUGGGAACCGUUUUAGGCUUCUUAUUUUUGACGCUCUCCAUUGCAGCAGGCUUAUAUUAUAUCAGUGAAUUGGUUGAAGAACACUCAGAGCCCACGAAACGGUUUUUGACAAGAGCGAUAUACGGGAUAAUAGGUCUGUACGUCCUUCUGCUGGCUCUGGAUUCGUUUCCCUUUAAGCUCAGCGUAUUUUCCAUUGCAUCGUAUUUCGUAUACUUGCGAAACCUCAAACACUUCCCCUUCAUUUCGUUGAGCAGCCCUACUUUUCUGGCCAGUUGUGUGCUAGUUGCGCUUAAUCACUAUCUGUGGUUCCGACAUUUCAACGACACGGAUGUCCCACCUCAAUUCAGGUACGAUCCCAAUUAUAUUCCACGCAGAAGAGCUAGCUUUACAGAGGUUGCUUCGUUUUUCGGCGUUUGCGUAUGGUUUGUCCCAUUCGCACUAUUUGUGUCGCUCUCAGCCGGUGACAAUGUUCUGCCCACUACUACUUCAGGCUACUCCAAGAAAACAGAUGGUUUGAACGCCGAAACGCCACGAUUUCGCAAAAAGGCUACUGGUCUUGUACGUGUGGUGAUCGACUCUGUAAGAGAGUAUUUCUAUCUGGCGGCACGAGUAUUUGGGUACGACAAGAACUCCCAGAGAGGCAAAUUGGGCGUAUGA